UAAAACAAUCAGUUCAACAAUACCAAAUGCAUAAGAAAUAUUGAUAAAAUACAUAGUAGAGUAGAGUAGUUAAAAUAAAAAUAUGCUUUGACAAGACCGUAAUAGUAAGAAUAAUGGCAGUCCAUAGAUUUUAAUACUCUUAUUUUACCAUCCUUAUAGGAAUACCUGCAUUUUAUCCUAAAUAGUUGCCCUACAGUGUUUUAUUCCCAAACGGAAAUAAUGAAUAAUCAGUUUAAAAAAACCGCUCGCUCUCCUGGCGGGGAUAUUCCUUGCCCGCUAUUGGCGUCUCUGCUUUUCAAAUAUUAUUUAUUUCCUAACCUCAUUUUCCAUGUCUAAUUGCCACAAAUAGACGAAAAAGUAGUGAAUUAGCCUUACUACCAGCAAAAAUGUGAUAAAACCGCCCGAGCCACCGCUGCAAUGCUGCAACGUCUUCACCUCGGCUCCUAAAUGUGUGUAAAUUGUAGAAUUCGUCAUAGAAUGUCUUCGCGUAUUUUGGCCCCGAAAAUGGCAAGAGCAGACACUUUAUGUAGUCAGUCGCUUCUGGAAGCGGGCGACCGCCCCCUCGAACGCCCGCUCGGGGGCGAGCCCGGCGACGUGAAGACCCAGUUCGUGACUCGCGAAGGCACCUACCGUCUCAUGACCCUCAGCGAAUACUCGAGGCCUAACCGAGUCGGUUAUCAGACUCAGGGGCAAACGCCGCCCCAGGUGCGUGUCUCCCUUGUCACGCUUCCGGACCAGGGGGAGAGAAUUUGCUUCAACCAUGGGCGGGAGCUGUACGUUUACGUGUACAAAGGGAUCAAGAAAGCGGCCGAUUUGAGCAAGCCCUUGGAGAAGAAGGUGUACAAAGGGACGAACCCGACGUGUCACGAUUUUAACAUCGCGUCAGCUUCGGGCGAGAGCGUCAGUCUCUUGAUCGGCUUCAGCACGGGUCAGAUCCAGCUAAUUGACCCGAUUAAGAAAGAAUUGAACAAAUUGUUCAACGAGGAGCGGCUUAUUGACAAAACGAGGGUUACAUGUUUAAGGUGGGUGCCGGGAAGCCGGUCGUUGUUCCUAGCAGCGCACGCCUCAGGCCAGUUGUAUGUGUACAAUGAGGAGCUCCCGUGUGGCUCGGCAGCCCCCCAUUAUCAGCCGUUCAAAGUGGGGGAGGGCUUCAGUGUGAGCACUUGCAAGACGAAAUCGACCCGGAACCCUCUUUUCCGGUGGCUUCUGGGCACCGGAAGCGCCAUUAACGAGCUGGCGUUCAGCCCCAGUGGGGCCCAACUGGCCAUAGUGUCGCAAGAUGGGCAGUUGCGGGUGUUCCAGUACGACAGUAUGGAGCUGCUGGGCACCGCCCGCUCGUACUUCGGGGGGCUGCUCUGCGUGGCGUGGUCUGGCGACGGGCGCCUGAUUGCAGUGGGGGGCGAAGACGAUUUGGUCACUGUUUACUCCAUGGAGCAGAAGCGGGUCGUCGGGAGGGCGCAGGGGCACCGCUCGUGGGUGGCCGCCGUGGCGUUUGAUUGGUUCCUGGAGGCGGAGUCGUGCUACAGGCUGGGGUCAGUGGGGCACGACACGCAGUUGUGUCUUUGGGAGCUGCCCGAAGACGCGUUGACGACUCCUUCGAAACCGAAGGUUAAGAGAAGGUCGGAUCCUUUGCAGCUGGUGGGGACACCGGCCUGUCCCAGGCUGGACGAGUGUCCGGUGUUGGAACCUUUAGUUUGUAAAAAAAUUGCUCAUGAAAGGUUGACUGCUUUGGUUUUUCGACCUGAUUGUAUCAUUACGGCGUGCCAAGACGGUUAUGUGUAUACAUGGGCAAGGCCCCCUUCCUGAAUAUGUCGUAUUUUUCUAAUUAGAUUUUUAUUCAACUUUUAUACAUAGUAGGGGCAAUAACAGGUGGAUAAAACUGUGGAACCAAAGUGUAAAAUAGCAAACGCUUGGUUGCAUUUUUUCACCUGAUAGCAUGUAAGUGUAAUUGAUGGAUGUAGAAUCUGUUGCAUAAUUGGUGUGAUUUUUCGUAAUUUUAUCAUUCGUAAAUAUAUGAAGAUAUUUUGAAA